GGAAGAAAUUUGUAUGUGUUGAGCCAUCUAGGAGAGUUAAAGAAAUACUUGAAGAAGAACUUUAUUUUCAGAAAGAAGCAUGCCACAUUAAACAUCCAGCUGCAGUGGCUCUGGAAGGAAUCUGGAGUGUGAAAAAGAGUUUCUCCAUUGGAAGCCUGAAACCAGUGUCACAGAACAGAAACAGUUCACUUUUACAGCCUCAAUUCUACUCAAGACAUGCAGGAAUGAAAA